AUGACCGAUGCUGAGAAAGAAAAAGAAAAAGGGGCAAAUGAACAAGCUCGACUGGAGGCGCAGCUAUACUACCAUGGAAUUAGGGAGACCGAAGAGGUCAUGUACGUUUUCUUCAGUUUCUUUUUAGGUUUUUAGGGCCAAAAAAUUAAUCUGCAACGAUUUUUUGAAUUUCAAAAAAAAAAUUUUAGGGUACAAUUAAAUUUUUUAAAAUUGAUUAAAUUUUGCAGGAGACCUCUAAAUGGCCCAAAAAUUAGUCCUAGAAAAUUUUAUUGCUCAUUUUAUACCCACUGCUGAGAUAUUCAACGGUCUUUUUUCUGAGAGAGUAUGCAAAAUGAGGAGGUUAGACAAAAAAAAAAUAAUUUUUUGGCGAUAUCUUCGCUGAUUUUGCUGGGAAAAUUUUGAUUUUUUGUAGAAAUAUUAUAUUCCCCAUUUCUAAUACUCUGAAAAAUAAAAAAUACGAGUUUUGAAAUUUUUUACUAAAAAAUUUUUUUUUAAUUUUUGUCCAAAUGUGAGCUAAAAAUUUCAAAUUUAUGUUGGAAAACUCUAACUCUUAAUUUUUACCAAUUUUUACCAAACCCUGAGCCAACAAAUGCCCAAAAAACUAUUGAAAAAACCAAUUUUUUUCAGUUCCGAACUCCGCCAUUCGGGCGAUUUUAUUGUCCGCGCCACCCUCGCCGAUGGGGUUUUUCGGAUCUUCUUGCACGUGAAAACAAAAAAGGAGCUGGUUCAGCACUGGCUUUGCGUGGUCAACAACAAAUAUUGUCUGGAUACGGAGAGAAAUAAUGACAAGCGGAUGGCCUUCGAUUCGGUGGCUUUAUUGAUAAAUCAUUACGCUCAAUACCCCCUUCCUUCCGGCCAACGACUGGUCUUUGGAGUUCCACGGUGAGUUUUUGCGAUUUGCAGGGCAAAAGGGGCGAUUUUUUGGUCGAAAUUUGGUUAAAAAUUGGAAAAAUGCCUGAGGCGAUGAUUUCGGAUUUUCUUGAAAUUUGGCAUGCUGACUCGAAAUGGGCCAUAAAUGAAUGCCUGAAAGUUUUAUCGCUCUCCUUCCACCCGCUGGCGAGAUAUUCAAUGAUCUUUUUUGGAGAGAGCACGUAAAAUGAGGAGAGCCGGUCGGAGAAAAAUAUUUUUUUUGGUCAUAUCUUUGUGGGUUCCGCUGGGAAAAAUUUGAUUUUUUGUAGAAACACUGUACACUCCUGAAAUAGCAGAGUAUGAAAUUUUCAAUCCUAGUCGAAAUUUUCAAUCCAAUCAAAAAAACUUUUUAUUUUUUCAAUGUUUCGAGCAAAAAAUCUCGUUGGUCUUCGCAAGAAAAAAUCGCCUAAAAUUUUCGCAAAUACUUUAUUAUGAAACUAGCCUGUAGAUUUGUUCAUAAUUUUGCAAUUUUCAAUUUUUUUUCAGCCCAAAAUGGCUGAUUCGCCACAGCUCCACCGAUUACAAGGACCAAGAUCGUCUGGGCAGUGGGAACUUCUGUGAAGUCUUCAAAGGCACAAUGACCAUGGAUGGGGUCAAAAAAAUUGUCGCGAUCAAGGUGUGUCACGGAACAACGGAUCCAAUGGACGCGAAAUUACAAGAAGUCAGGGAGGCUUGGCACAGCAUGUUGUAUGAGGCCAAGAUCAUGUCCAAAUAUCGGCAUGAGAAUAUUAUUGAGGUUAGUUAGAAAAAUUGGAGGGAAAUUUGAAAAAAAAAUCAUUUUUCUUUCAUUUUGAAAACAUUUUUUUUUAAUUUUUUUGCCUCGAAACUUCGAAAAAAACCGCCAAAACUCAUUUUUUCUCUGAACGUCUCUUCAUUUUUCAUAGUCUCUCGUCUCCAAUGAUUGCCAGCGGAGAAAACGAUGAUCACAAAAAAUUUGUCUUCCGAAGUUCUACGAGGCUAAUUUUUUAUUUUCAGUUCCUCGGAGUCGCCUGUGAUCAUCCUCCAAUCAGAAUCAUCCUGGAAUAUUGCCCUGGAGGGAGCUUGGAGAGUCACCUCAAGAAUGAUAAAAUUGAGAUUUCCCAAGUUGAAUUGGUCCUGUACGCAUUCGAAACAGCGAAAGGAAUGAGGUAUCUGCACACUCAGAAAUGCCUUCACAGAGAUUUGGCUGCGAGAAAUUGCUUGAUCUCCUCAAAGUAAGAGAAUUUGGAGAAAAUAAUUCAAAGCAAAAAAAUUAUUUUUUUUUUUUUUGGAUUUUAGGUUUGAAAAUUUCAGCCUCUAUUACAAGUGGGGUGUUUAACGCUUGUAGAAAAAAUCAAUUUUUCCCCAGCGAAAUCCGCAAAGAUAUAGCUCAAAAACGGUCACUGUCUAACCGACUCUCCUCAUUUCGCGUGCUCUCUCGAAAAAAGAUCCUUGAAUAUCUCAGCUGCGAGAGCAAAGAUAGAGCUAAUAUUUUCAGGGAUUACUUUGGGGGAUAUUUAGAGGAGGCAUGCAAAUUUUGAAAAAAAUCUGAGAUGUUGAAAAAAUUCAAAAAAAAAAAAAAAAAAUCAAAUUUUGAGAAAUUCAAAAAAUAUUUUUUUUCUUGAUUUUUUGAAGACAUCAGCCAUAAUUUAUCAGGUCUAAUUUUUGCAGUAAUUUCAAUUUUCACUUCCGUUUUUUCAGAGGUCAACUCAAAAUCUCCGAUUUUGGCCUAAGCCAGCUGGUCGAUGACAUGGAGGGUAAAAAGGACGAAAAGAAAAUCUCGAAUGUCCCAUUGAAAUGGAUGGCCCCGGAAACACUCUCGAAAAGCCCGGUGUACCUUCUGAAUAGUGAUGUUUGGUCCUAUGGAGUACUUCUUUAUGAGAUUUUCAACAAAGGAAAGGUGGUUUUUGAUGACGAAGAUGAUUUCAAGAAGGUUGCCAAGAAAAUUCAUUUUGGAGAGAUGCCCAAAUUCCCGCACACAGCACCAGAAUUAAUCAGGACACUGGUUCGGGAGGAGAUUUGGUGAGAUUUCGCGAUUUUUCGGGGGGAAAUUUCAAAAAAUGAGCGAAAUCAAGUGCAAUAUAGAAAAUUUCUUUGAUUUUGAUGAUUUUUCGGAUGAUUUUGGGGCUUUGAAAGGCUUUGUUUGUUAUAAAAAGGCUCGAGGAGUAAUAAAAUGCCAUUUCCAGGCAAGUCGAACCGGAAAAACGCACAAUGUUCACUGAAAUUGUCCCAUUGUUGUUGGCCUACCUAGAAGAACACAUGGCUGAGUUCCCACAGAUCGAUGAUCUGGCUGUGAAUAAAAUCAAGGGAGUCAAGAGACUCUGCAUUUUCUAUGUAAGCCAUCAUUUUCGAAAAAAUGGGCUUGGAUUGCACUGUGCAAAAAUUUUCAUUUUCUGCACAGUGCAGUGUGUUUUUGGACUAAAAAUUGCCUCAGGGUUGGAUAAGUUGCAUGAAACUUGGCAUCAUUGAUGACAAAGGGUCUAAGAGUCAUGUAAAACAAAAUUAUACAGCGUUAUGCGGGAACUGCAAAAAUGUGAGCCCUUUAAUUUUAAAAUCUAUUUUUGAAUAUUUUUCAGUCAUAAGUCGCCAAAAUUUUCUUUUCAUAGACUAUUUUUUCAAAUGUCCAUAGACUUCUAAUGAUCUCUAAGCACAUUGACUACAGUGGCGGACCUGAUCCAGUGGCAAAAAACGUACCAUUUUCCAUCCGGGAAGUAUCAAAAAAUGCAGCAAAAUGCCUCCCUCUCCAACUAAAAAAACUUCGUUUUGAAGGGCCCUCACAAAAAGAACGAGUGCGCUUUCGAAAUCGGAGUUUUUUCACUUGGAGAGGGAGGUAUUUUGCCACAUUUUUUGAUACUUCCCGGAUGCAAAAUGAUACAUUUUUGCCACUGGAUCAAGUCCGCCACUGUAGUCAAUGAGCUUAGAGAUCAUUAGAAGUCUACGGACGUUUGAAAAAAUAGUCUGUGAAAAGAAUUUUUUUUGCCGACUUAUGACUGGAAAAUGUUCAAAAAUAAAUUUAAAAAUUAAAGGACCCAUAUUUUUGCAAUUUCCGCAUAACGCUGUAUAAUUUUUUUUUUUGAAAUAACUUGUAGACCCUUUGUCAUCAAUGAUGCCAAUUUUCAUACAACUCAUCCAACUCUGAGGCACUUUUUAAUCCAAAAACCCACUACACUGUGCAGGAAAGGAAAAUUUUCGAAAAAACCCCCAAAAAAAUUUUACACUCAAAAAUUUGCACUGUGCAGACAAAUUUUAGAUUUUUUCUAUUUCAGACUUCCCGUCAAGACCUCCUAAAACGAGACCAUUACAUUGGCGGAGUGAGUCGAAGAAGGAGCAAAGGCCGUCCACGAUCCAAGGAAGAGGCGCGGCCUAGGCAUUCGAAAAAGAAGAAAAGUUUGUCAAAGGAGUCGAAAGAUCUGAAGAAAAAUGAUGAACGAAGCGAUAUGGUGGGAUCUGAAUAUAAAGACUACUCCGACGAUUCGAAAAAGAAACGACCGGAAAAAACUUGA